AUUGGGGCCAUGAAGCCACCAGAGAUCAGUUCCAAAACUCCACAGCCUCCACCCACAAUCUAUUCUCCUCCCCCCAAAAUCUGCAUUUAAGUGCAAGCAGAAGCCACAACUAGCAACUGAAGCAUUUCCACAGGGGUCCAACAGACCACUACGACGUCUGUCAGACACCAUCGUGCCUCCAUCACCAUGGCUACCCAGGAUCCCAGCCCCCGGCCGGGCCCAGUCUCCUACCGCGGCCGCAGCUCUCUACCCAUGGCCAGCUCCAAUACAGACGACCAGGAGGUCCUGCAGUUUGAGCCUUUCCAGCUGAUGCCUCGUGGCCCCCCUCCCCUGAAAGAAUUCCUGGAUAUCUGGGAUGUGAACAAUUUAAAUGACAUCAACAAGAAGCAGCACCACACCGAUCUGUACGCCAACGACAACCUCAUUGUGCGCCGGGCCCAAGAGUUCCAGAUCCGGAUCACCUUUGACCGAGCCUACAACCCCUUACAAGACCAGUUCCUGGUGGAGUUUGUCAUGGGCAGGUACCCACAGGUCAGCAAGGGCACAUACAUCCCAAUCCGCAUUGACGAGGAGAGACCGCAGUCCUGGCAAGGGAGGGUCCUGGAAUCCAAGGACAACAUGGUAACUGUGGGCAUCACAGCAACGCCAGACUGCAUUGUGGGAAAGUUCCGCAUGUACGUUGCCGUCAUCACGCCUUACGGCAUCCGCAGAACACAGAGGGAUCCCAACACAGAUGUUUACAUCUUGUUCAACCCUUGGUCACAAGCUGACUCUGUGUAUCUGGAUGACGAGGCAGAACUCGGGGAAUGUAUCCUGAAUGAAACGGGGGUCUUAUACCAUGGGGAGGUCAAGGACAUUUCAGUCCGACCAUGGAGUUAUGGCCAGUUUGAGUAUGGCAUUCUGGAUGCCUGCCUUUACGUGAUGGACAAGGCCUCCAUGCCUCUGAUCAACAGAGGAGAUGCAGUGAAAGUGGCCCGCAUGGCCUCAGCUAUGAUGAACUCCAAGGAUGAUGAUGGGGUCCUAGUGGGGAACUGGAGCGGAGAUUACAUUUAUGGAGUAGCUCCUACGGCCUGGACCGGCAGCGUGGAAAUCCUCCUCAAUUACGCCAACAGUGGCAUGCCUGUGUGUUACGCUCAGUGCUGGGUCUAUGCUGCUGUGUUUAACACAUUUCUGCGGUGCCUAGGUAUCCCUGCCAGGGUGGUCACCAACUUCUACUCCGCCCAUGAUAACAACGGCAACUUGAAAACUGAUCUCAUCGUGGAUGAGAAUGGGCAGGUGGACAAGGAACGCACCAAAGAUUCCAUCUGGAAUUAUCACUGCUGGAAUGAAUGCUACAUGGCCAGGCCAGACCUGCCCCAAGGCUUUGGGGGCUGGCAGGUAGUGGAUGCCACCCCCCAAGAAACCAGUGAUGGUUUGUAUCGGUGUGGCCCUGCUUCUGUCUACGCCAUCAAGCAUGGGCAGGUCUGCUAUCCUUUUGACGCGCCUUUUGUUUUUGCAGAGGUGAACAGUGAUGUUGUGUUCUAUAAGCGGAACAAGAAUGGUACUCUUGAACAAGUCAAGGUGGACAAGACCCAUGUGGGCCAAUUGGUGCUGACCAAGGACAUUGGUAGCGACAAGUCAAGGGAUAUUACAAGCCAAUACAAAUUUCCAGAAGGCACAGAGGAGGAGCGAACGGUGCUGGAAAAGGCAGAAGAGUUUGGAUGCAGCCGGGUGCAAUCCACACUGCCACCUGCUGACGUGGAGCUGAGGAUCACUGUGCAGGAUGUGAUGGUGGGCAAUGAUUUUCAGCUCAGCCUCGAGUUCAAGAACUUGACUGAAUUGAAACGCACAGCCAGCGUGUACAUCAGCGGGAAUAUAGUCUACUACACCGGUGUCACCAGUUCUGAAUUCAAGUUUAAGACCCAAAAGGUGAAACUGGAGCCCUUUGAAUACAAAAAAGUGACUCUGGAUGUAAAUUCCAAAGAGUACUUAAGUAAGCUGGUGGAGCAGGCCAACCUGAACUUCAUCAUCACAGGGCGUAUUCCUGAGACUGGCCAGAUCAUCAGCGCCAUGCAGGUGGUUGCCCUUCACACCCCUAAACUCUCUGUCAAGGUCAGUGGGUCACAAAAAGUCAGUGAAGAAAGUUUUGUCACAGUGGAGUUCACCAACCCCUUCAAGUACAAUCUGGAGAAUGUGUCCUUGCGUGUGGAAGGGCCAGGCUUGAUGAAGGCUAAAAACAAAGUUUACAGUGUGAUCCCUCCCAACUCUUCCCUGACCUGGACUGAGUCUUUCAGCCCUUGGAGGCCUGGCCCAGCCUGGCUAAUUGCCAGCCUUGAUUGUGCCGCUCUGAGGCAGGUGUAUGGGCAUGUGGAAGUGAAUAUCCAAAGCUCCGAGGGCGGGCUGUGACACCAUCGGCUCACACUGACAGACAUCUUAACUGCUAUUUGCUUCCACAUGCUGUUUGCUUUCAUGGCUAUAAUUCUGCACCUGCAGCCUUAGCACCACUACGUGUUCCGUGGUACCUUAACAUUCUAUGUGAAUUGAAUUGUUCUGUAAUCACCAAAGCUACUAACAAUGAGAGUCGUGGAGACAUGCAUGACAGAAAUUUGAAGUUUUGUCCACCAAAUCUUUAUUUAGAGAAGCCACUAUGCUUUCGAGAUUCCUGAUUACUUUCUGAAUGAAUGGACACGAGACACCCUAUAUCAAAUACUUGCAUCUACCACAAACGGUGUCCUGUGUCCUGUACAUUUUCCAGUGUGUCCUGUACAUUUUUCAUCAAGAAACAUUAAGACUGAACAUAGGUUGCAAUUUUCAGUAUUCUUAAGUGUCUUGUACACGUCUGGCACAGAUCUUUACACAGCAAUGUGUACUUUGUAUCCAUCCAUUUUUCAUAGCUGUUUCUCCUGUGCAAGGUUGCCGUGAUUUUUGAGGCUAUCCUAGGAAUCACAGGGCACAAAGAUGGGGGACGAGCUGGAUGCAAUUCCAGAUCACAAGAGCUUUCAUUAAAAAAUUAACACACGUUCAGCUGGUAAAAGUAAGAGUCAUAUUAUUGCACUGUGGUUUUCUGGGUUCCCCCGUCCUCCAUACACAUUCUGUUUGUGUUACAAUCGACAUAUUUAAUCGAAAUCACUCAGUAGGUGGAACUGUCACCAUUCGCUUCCACAGAGGUACCAAAUCAUUUGGAAGACGAAAGUAUUUAUAGUGUGUCUAUAUACAACUUCUUUUACUUAACUAAAUGACUGAUAUCCAUUAAUUAUACAGAUACUUCUAUCAUUUAACUGAAAAACAUUCAUUAUUAAUAACGCAUGUGGUGUAUCCAGAGGUCUGUAAAGGAGAAUUACUAAGAAAUACAGAUUCACAGAUUAAACAAAACCUCUAACUCGUA